AUGCAUUUAUAUGGAACUGAUGAAGAGAAUCAAGUUGUAACAGAUGGUUUGUAUCAGAAAAGAUUGAGGAAUAGCUAUAUGGUCCCAUACUUGUGGUCCUGUUUUCAGAAUCAUGCAAAGAGGAUUCCUUCUGUUGCAAUUAUGGAGGAAAUACUUGCUCAAUUUUACUUUUAUGUUUCGAAUACAAAGAAGAUUUUGACAAAGGAAAGAAAGGAAAAACCAAAGGAAUUUUUCGUGUUGAACUUUUUCCAACACUUAGCAACAAACGAGGACAAGUUUGAAGAAAUUCUCAAAAUGGAAUCUAAAGACAUGAAUAAUACAGAGCUAUACAUUAAGAAUGUGUUCAACACCAUGUUUGGUAAUAAGGGAGUUUUCAAUGUAAAAGAAGGAGAAUCCAGUAAUGAGUUGAAGAAAUAUUCUGUGUACUUUAACAAAUUUCAAGGGUUUUAUAUGUUAUUCAAUGAGAAGUUUGACACGGCAAAGACUAUCUUCCAAAACGUGUUGAAUAUUCAUGCACAUGAUUUCACAGCAUUUAAUAAUAAGGCCUUGGUUGAUAUGGCUUUUUCCAAGUUGGAUGCAAACGGGGAAUCAAAGAAAUAUUUGUCAGAUGCCAAAUCAGGUUUGAUGCAAGCUAUCAACAACGAUCCUUUUUAUGUUAGUGCACUAGUCAAUCUUGCCAAUAUUUAUGAAUUCGAAGGAGAAACUCAUAAAGCGACAGAAAAUUACGACAAGGCUUGUAAAUAUUCCAGAAUAGAUCGUCAGAAAUUCAAUUCCCAUCUUAACAGGGCUAUUUUCAAAGCGCAGCAAUGUUCAUUUGAUGAAGCACAUAGUGAUAUCAAUGAACUAUUGGCCAUAUUUACUCAAUCUCCAAUCAUUCAUGCCACCAAACAAUUAAUUAAGUGGAUGCAAUUGAGAAGUAUUCCAACUUCCGCAUCUGAUUUUGUCAAGUUGGAAAAUGAAAUUUUGGAAGAAUUUAUGCAUUUAGAGAAAGUUAAAUACCUUCAAAAUAAUAUUCCUUUCCAAUUAUAUAAGGUGCUUUUCUAUUUCCACAAACAGAUACUCAAGAAGGAUUCUCUCAAGCUAUUGAAAGAUAUAUUCCCUAAUAAGGUUGAACCAAAAGUUCUAUUCUGUUCCACCAUUGUAAAUAGAUUCUCUCUGCAAUACUUUGAAAAUGGAGAAAUUCAAACCAUUCCUCUUUUCAGAAAUGAAAUUUUGGAUCUACUCAAUGAAUUGGAAUUGUGUCCUCUUGAAAAAAGACCUGAAUUUUCAGUUAAUGAUUUAGUUCAACUUUCGAGAGGUGAUUAUCCUUCCCUCACUCUCAAAAUCAAAAAUCUUACUAAUCUUCUGUUAGGUAUCAAUUAUUGAUUGAAGUUUCAAAUUAACUAUUCUCAACUAAUCAAAAAGACUUUCCAUUAAGACACAUGUUUUCACAAUCGAUCAUUCCCAGUAUGCAACAAAAACCUUCUCAAAAACAAAUUAAAAACAAGAAUAUUUUAAAC